AUGAGCGACGCGCCGCCUGCACCCGAACCAGAAACCCUCGAAGCUCUACAAUCUCGACACCGUAAAGAGCAACGCGACCUCGUAUCCCGUAUCACACAAAAGAAGAAGCAAGCAAGCAAAAAGACACGCAAGGGUGUCAACGAUGAGUGCGAACGGCUUGAGCGUGAAUUGAAGGAGCGUCAGGCGCAUGAAGUCGCUGUCCAGAACGGCGAGGCCGUAGAUGCUGAGGAGCAUGUAAAAGACGCACAGAGCUCUGGAGACGAGGCGCAGGAUAUACAAGACGACGUUGCAAACCUCAACUUAACUGCCUCUGCUUCAGACAGCAAAGAGAGCAGUACGAAUGGCGAUUCUGCCGAACCCAAGAAGAAGAAGCCAAAUCGCGCAAAAGCCCGCCUCGCCCGCCGCGCCGCCGAACAAGCCUCCAUGAUCGCCGAAGCAGAGCGCGAGGCCGCCAACGCACCGAACCCACGUGAACUAGAACGAGAACGCAUGGCGGUACAACUGAACAAACAUGAGCUGGUGCUGCAUGAGAUACGAGCCGACGGUCAUUGUUUGUAUGCAGCGGUCGCGGACCAGUUGCAGACGCGAGAACUGGGCCUAAAGCCGAGAAUAGGUGUCACCAUCACCGGACAGAGCGACGAGGGGUCAGACAAAAAGCCACAAGGAUACAAGACCGUCAGACACGCAGCGGCAGACUGGAUCCAAAGCCACGCCGACGACUUUACAGGCUUCAUGGAAGACCCAUUGCCCGAGCACGUCCGCAAGAUUAGAGAGACUGGUGAAUGGGGCGGACAUCUGGAGCUGCUUGCGCUGGCCAGGACAUAUGGUCUGAGGAUAUGCGUACUGCACAGCGACGGCCAGGUGGACAAGAUAGAGGCUGAAGAUGAGGUCAAAGAAAAGGAGGAGAUAUGGCUGGGAUACUACAAGCACAGUCAUGGGUUGGGCGAGCAUUACAACUCACUACGCAAGGCAGGCUGA